CCGUGCCUGAGAUCCAAACUAGUGAACCCCAGGCCGUGGAAGCAGAGCCGUGAACUUAACCACUUGGCCACAGGGCUGGACCCCAGCAUUCUUUCUUUUCACCAACAUUUCUCCCUGCCAUCAGGCUCACAUUCUGGGCCAUAGGACCUCAGAGACAGAUCACUCAGAGUCACAUUGAAGAUUUGGUGGCAUCCAUUCUCAUGGUUUCCAACUAUUGCCCUGCAAAUUGUUCCCAGAAUCAAGACCCAGAUUUCUAACCUGUCCUGGACAUGCAUUUCCAUUGAGAUGUGUUACUGUCAUCUUAAAUUCAGUAUGUCCAAACUUAGAUCAUCUUUCUUUCCUCCAAACCUGCUCUUCUUCUUGACUUACCCAUCCUGGCUCAAACCCUGGAAUCUUCUCUGGUGUCUCCCUUCAUCUGGUCUCUCAUUACCCAGGCAGUCACCAAGCAGUCACAGCCUCCUCUUCCAAGUCUGCAUCACUUUGCAAUGUAGAAUUUGGAAGGGACCUUAGACAUAGCAGACAACAGACCUCCAGUGGAGUCAUGGGAUUUGCUCAAAGUGAUAACACUACUGAGAGGAGGAGCUGGAACCAGCUCCAUUGUCCCCUAACACCCUGCCCAUUGCUCUUGCUGACCGUGUCUUCUUGCUACAUGUGAAUGACCCCUACUCAAAUGCUUGUAAUCCAAGCUCUUAACCAGUUAUCUGAGUCUUUCCCUAAUUUUUCCACAGUCUACUUCUCUUUCUGUCCCACUUCCUCUUGACACAAAUAAGAGCUAACAUUUAUUGAGCUUUGACCAUAUGCCAGACACUUUUCUAAGUGCUUUACAUGUUUUAACAUAAUCCCCACAAACCUAGGAAGGGGGAUACUAUUAUUAUUCCAUGUUGUAGAGGAGGAAACUGAGGCAGACCACCUUCCCCAACCUGGAAUCUUCCGGCUCCCUUUCUCUGUUCUUCACUACCCCCCCCCCCCCCCCGCCACUGUUCAGGUUCUCUCUCUUCCAACAGCUCUUCUCUGACUCUUCUCAGCAACCAGCUGUCUUCCCCCUCCUCUUCCCCAGAACAUGCUGCAUCCAUUUGUCUGGCCCCCUCGGCACUCUGUCUAUCCUGCCCUUGUUAAUUCUCUGUUCUGGAGCUUGUCUCCCAUCCCCAGCAGCCCCAGCUGCUCCUCACUGAGUCUUAUACAUGCUUUGCUACCUGGGUGCCUGCAAGGCACCUGGCACACAGCACUCUCGCCUCCUUUCUCUGUAGUCCUUCCACUUCGCUCUCCUGAGUGUGCCCACACACAGGGAGACCUCGUCCAGGACACAAUGCUGAGGGGCCAGAUGGUGAAGGGAGCCCAGCUGACAGAUUCAGACAUCACUGGUCAGACUGAUGGCUGAAUGUGACUGAGUUCCUUGCCUGCUACAGAGGCUAUCAGACUUGCCUCCAGGCUAGGGAGUGAAUCCUUUGGCACUAUAUAGAUAGGACCCAGUUUACCUCCCUCCCUCCCCUCCCCCACUGAUGGCCUGACCUUCACCAAGACAAGCCUGGGACCCGUAUUUAUUCGGCCUUUCAAGAGACUCUUUUUCCUCUUGCCCAUGUCCUCUCCAUGCUUGACAGAAGACUGCUCCCCCAUUUCUAGAUUCCUGUCUUCCUCUUCUGGCUUCUCUGAAUUUCCUGCCUGCCUCAAUGGAGUCCUUUUCCUUCUCCUCCCUGGCCCAGUAACCCUCUCUCCUCUCCUUUCUCCCAAAUCAUUGACCUAGGUAUUUAGAUUCUAAUCGCAGCCCUGCUCUUGACUUGGGUUUCCUUGAACAAGUUACUUUCCCACUCUGGGCCUCAACUUUCACAUCUAUAAAAGGAGGCAGCUGAACUCGAUGGUGAGUGAUGUUCUGUUGAGCCUACAAGUCCAUUCUCCCUUUUAUAGUCCUCCCCUCCUCCUCUCCCCUCUAGGCUUGCCUCUCAGGUCUCUUUCCCAGGGGAGGCCUGCCCUGGCCCCAGGAGAGCUGUGGCUCCAGCUCCCGUUCCCUGUCUCAGCGACCAGCCCUGGGCCUUCCCCCCAGCGCUGGCCCCGGCUCCGCUCCAUGUGGCCCGUCUGAGAGGCUGGCCCCAAGCCCGGCGGCAACUCCACAUUUCUCUGUUUUUCCUUUUUUUUUCUCUCUUUCCCGGAGUUAACAAGAAGCAGAUGUGGCGCACGAUGGUUGGAGAGAUGGGGGGAGGAAGGGGGAGGCUGGACCGCCAGCCAGACAGGGGGGAAGGGAGAGGAGUGAGCAAGAGAGGGAGGCGAGAGGCCAGGGCCCGCCCCACAGCCACUCUUGUGCCUCUCAACAGCCACAGGGGCAAAGCCCUGUCACCCCCAGGAUCUGGUCAUUGGGGAAAACAGGGAGACCAGAGGACGGCCAGCUGAGCAAAGGAGCAGAGGCCCAGGAACCAGCAUCUGAGACGGGCAGGGACCAGGCGCAGGAGGCCAGGGGCACAGAGAACAAACUCCCCUCAGAAGUGGAGAAGAGGAGAGCGGAAGGAACCGAGGGAGGGACAGACAGGAGCCUGAGGAGGAAAGAGGAGGGGGAGAGGGGUCAGGCCAGGCAGCCAAGGAGGAGGCGUGUGGCUGGGGGCUGCCGGCAGGAAGCUGGGGACAGGACCUGACCGCGCUGUCCCUCGGAGCAGCGGCAUCCCCCGCUCCAGGCAGAGGCGCCAGUGGUCAGGCUGGGAUGUGCCUCUGAGGGCCACCGCGGAGCGCCCCCAUCAUGGCCCCCAGCACUUUCUGGAGCUGCUACCUCUGCUGCCUGCUGACCACAGCUGUGAGGGCAGCUAGCUACCCUCCUCGUGGUUACAGCCUCUACACAGGGAGUGGCGGGGCCCUCAGCCCUGGAGGGCCCCAGGCCCAGAGUGCCCCCCGGCCUGCCAGCCGACACAGGAACUGGUGUGCCUACGUGGUGACCCGGACAGUGAGCUGUGUCCUUGAGGAUGGAGUAGAGACCUUCAUCAAGCCCGACUACCAGCCCUGUGGCUGGGGCCAGCCCCAGUGUCCCCGAAGCAUCAUGUACCGCAGCUUCCUCCGCCCUCGCUACCGCGUGGCCUACAAGACAGUGACGGAUAUGGAGUGGAGGUGCUGUCAGGGGUACGGGGGUGAUGACUGUGCUGAGGGCCCUGCCCCAGCUCUGGGUCCUGCACCUACCACACCACGGCCCCAGAUCCGGCCUGCCCGCCCCAACCUCUCUGGCUCCAGUGCAGGCAGCCACCUGAGUGGACUAGGGGGGGAAGGUCCCGGGGAGUCCGAGAAGGUGCAGCAGCUGGAGGAGCAGGUGCAGAGCCUAACAAAGGAGCUGCAGGGCCUUCGGGGCGUCCUGCAGGGACUGAGUGGGCGCCUGGCGGAAGAUGUCCAGAGGGCUGUGGAGACAGCCUUUAAUGGGAGGCAGCAGCCAGCAGAUGCAGCUGCCCGCCCUGGUGUGCACGAAACCCUCAAUGAGAUCCAGCAGCAGCUGCAGCUCCUGGACAACCGCGUCUCCACCCAUGACCAGGAGCUGGGCCAUCUCAACAACCAUCACAGUGGAGGUGGCGGUAGCGGCAGGGCCCUGGACCCAGCCCCAGCCCCGCCUGGCCACAGUGAGGAGCCGCUGCGGGAGCUGGAGCGGAGACUGCAGGAGUCCUGCUCUGUGUGCCUGGCGGGGCUGGAUGGCUUCCGCCGGCAGCAGCAGGAGGACAGGGAGCGACUGCGAGCACUGGAGAAGCUCUUGGCCUCUGUGGAGGAGCGGCAGCGGCAGCUCACCGGGCAGACCCUGGGCCGCAGGCCCCCUCAGGAAUGCUGCCCUCCGGAGCUGGGCAGGCGUCUAGCAGAGCUGGAGCGGAGGCUGGAUGUAGUGGCUGGCUCAGUGACAGUGCUGAGCGGGCGGCGAGGCACGGAGCUGGGAGGAGCAGCCGGGCAGGGCGGUCACCCCCCAGGCUAUACCAGUUUAGCAUCCCGCCUCUCUCGCCUGGAGGACCGAUUCAACUCCACCUUGGGUCCUUCGGAGGAACAGGAGGAGGGCUGGCCUGGGCGUCCUGGGGGCCUGGGCCACUGGCUGCCUGCUGCCCAGGGCCGACUAGAGAAACUGGAGGGGCUGCUGACCAAUGUGAGUGGGGAGCUGGGUGGGCGACUGGAUCUGCUGGAAGAGCAGGUGGCAGGGGCUGUACAGGCAUGUGGGCAGCUCUGCUCUGGGGCCCCAGAGGAGCAAGACGCCCAGGUCAGCGAGAUCCUUAGUGCCUUGGAGCGCAGGGUGCUGGACAGUGAGGGGCAGCUGCACCUCGUGGGCUCUGGCCUGCACAAGUUGGAAGCAGCUGGGGAUGCCCGGCAGGCCAUGCUGGAAAGACUGCAAGGGGUAGUGGGCCAGCUCCAGGGUCGUAUCGAUGCGCAGGAUGAGACAGCCACAGAGUUCACACUGCAGCUGAAUCUCACGGCUGCGCGAGUGGGCCAGCUGGAGGGUCUGCUGCAAGCCCGUGGGGAGGAGGGCUGUGGGGCCUGUGGGGGUGUCCAAGAGGAACUGGGCCGUCUUCGGGAUGGUGUGGAGCGCUGCUCCUGCCCCCUGUUACCACCUCGGGGCCCUGGGGCUGGUCCAGGUGUUGGGGGACCAAGCCGUGGGCCUCUGGACGGCUUCAGUGUGUUUGGGGGCAGUUCCGGCUCAGCCCUGCAGGCCCUGCAAGGAGAGCUCUCUGAGGUUAUUCUUACCUUCAGCUCCCUCAAUGACUCACUGCAUGAGCUCCAGACCACCGUAGAGGGCCAGGGCUCUGAUCUGGCUGACCUGGGAGCCACCAAGGACCGCAUCAUCUCUGAGAUUAAUAGGCUGCAGCAGGAGGCCACAGAGCAUGCUACAGAGAGUGAGGAGCGCUUCCGAGGCCUGGAAGAGGGACAGGCACAGGCCGGCCAGUGCCCCAGCCUAGAGGGACGAUUGGGCCGCCUUGAGGGAGUCUGUGAACGAUUGGACACAGUGGCUGGGGGACUGCAGGGCCUGCGUGAGGGCCUUUCCAGACACGUGGCUGGGCUCUGGGCUGGGCUGCGGGAAACCAACAGCACCAGCCAGACACAGGCAGCCCUGCUGGAGAAGCUGUUGGGGGGGCAAGCAGGCCUGGGCAGGCGGCUCGGUGCCCUCAACAGCUCCCUGCUGCUCCUGGAGGACCGGCUUCACCAGCUCAGUCUGAAGGAUCUCACUGGGCCUGCAGGUGAGGCUGGGCCCCCAGGUCCUCCUGGGGUGCAGGGACCCCCAGGCCCUGCUGGACCUCCAGGACCUCCAGGCAAGGAUGGACAAAAGGGGCCUAUUGGGCCACCAGGUCCCCAAGGCGAACAGGGAGUAGAGGGGGCACCGGCAGCCUCUGUGCCCCGGGUCGCCUUUUCAGCUGCCCUGAGUUUGCCCCGGUCUGAACCAGGAACAGUGCCCUUCGACAGAGUCCUGCUCAACGAUGGGGGCUACUAUGAUCCAGAGACUGGUGUUUUCACGGCGCCACUGGCUGGACGCUACUUGCUGAGCGCGGUGCUGACUGGGCACCGGCACGAGAAGGUGGAAGCUGUGCUGUCCCGCUCUAACUUGGGCGUGGCCCGCAUCGACUCCGGUGGCUAUGAGCCCGAGGGCCUGGAAAAUAAGCCGGUGGCCGAGAGCCAGCCCAGCCCGGGCGCCCUGGGCGUCUUCAGCCUCAUUCUGCCCCUGCAGGCCGGGGACACGGUCUGCAUCGACCUGGUCAUGGGGCAGUUGGCGCACUCCGAGGAGCCACUCACCAUCUUUAGCGGCGCCCUGCUCUACGGGGACCUGGAGCUUGAACAGGUGUAGACAGGGGGCCGGGCCGCACCGGCCCGAAGUGUCUAUGCCGGCCAAAGAGCCAGCGGGGGCGGUGGGCUUUCCCGGGUCCCCGCCUGGGACCGGGCACCGUCCUGGCACCCCAGCCCCGGGCGAGCCGCCGUCUCCGGACCCGCUGCGGCACAGGCGCCCAGAACAAUCUCCUCCCCACGGCUGGAGCGCGCCGGGUCGGGGACUCCAGGGUCCCCUCGUCCAGACUUUUGGCCUGAUCGCCGUCCCCUGCAGGACUCGGACUGCAGAGGAGCCGAUCCUCACGCCCUUUGCUCCCCUAACUGGCCCUCUAGGCCGGUUCCCUGGGCUCCAGGGCUCUCCCGGGGAGGCUCCGGCCACCACCGCCAUACUAAACUAUUCAGGAAUAAAGACACUUGGUUUUUUCUAAAAAAAACAAAACAAAACAAAACAAACCGUC